AUGAUAAUCAUACCAGAAAUAGAUGGGACAGAUCCUCGGAUAAUCGACAUAAUGAAAGGGCUGGCAGCACAGCUGGAGGAUCUGUACACUUAUAACGAAUAUACCUUCCUGUCUAACGCAGAUCAAAAGCAAAAGCAGCUGGAAGAGAGAGUUUCAAGUUUAGUUGAGUCCACAAAGGAAAAGCUGAGCGAAAGUCAGCUUUCUCCUACCUACAGAGCAUACUUCUGGCUUAUCAUUGGGAUAGCAUACAAUGUCUACGACAUUUAUCACGAUCAGGCCGCCACUUGCUUCCAUACGUCCUUACGAUUUGACCCCACCAUCCCUGAGACAUAUCUGCAGCACGGCAUAAGCAGCAUCAAAGCAGGGGCAUGGCGGAGAUCUGAACUUAUGUUGGCGAAAGCAAGGUCCAUGCUUCCCGGAGACGAGAGACCGCUGGUGAACCUGUCCCUACUCUUUAGACUGCGUCCCCAAGACCUUUACCCAGACUCCUUAGCACGGGCUGUCAUGAUGGGGCGGAGCGCUGUACAGAUUAACCCUAACAGCUGUCAAGCCUGGUUUGCUCUGGGGAUGUCCACGCUUCGUCUCGCAGCAGAUAGUAAUAGUUCUAAUUUCAGCAGGGCGUCCUGUGCACUUAGACGUGCCAUUCAGAUAAGAGAAAGCCAGGACCUCCCUUUUCCAGAUGCUCGGUUUAAUCUGGCUAUGUUAGCUCGAUUAACCUUGGACCUACAGACCGCGUGGACGCAGUUUCAUACAGCUAGCAUAGAAGACCCUGGCCUCAAGCAGGCGGUAGAGGGCUAUACUGAGAUAGAAGCCCUCCUUUCUAGCAUUACUUUGCGGUUGGGUGAGAGUGCAGUAUCAUUCAAAGAACCUGGAUUUAAGGCGUCCAAAGACGUUCUAGGACUUGACGAGCUGGCUGUCGGGACAUCCGAAGGAACGUUACAGGUGCGCAUAUGUUCACUUAUUGGUCAGGGGAUCCCACAAUUCUAUCUGAUUGAAAACAGCUGUGAUGCAUGUGAAGCAGAAGGAGACGAGAGCAAAAAUCAGGAGCUCGGGGGCAAAUCGGCAGCACAGCAACCAAGAUCCAUCCUGGCCCUUCACCAGGUCUCAUCGGAGCUGGCUGCAGGGGUGACCAUCUGCAUAGCAAAGCCUACAGCUGCAAAUCUAAAGGUCAAGACGACUAAGAACACAUUUCAAUUCCCCAUAGUCACGUCUCAAGAUGAGCUAGUGCGAUGCAUACAUAUAGUGAAGGGAAGAGACCGCGUACCGGUGACAGAGAAGAAUGUGUUCGGUCACAAGAUAACAUCACAGAUAGGGGGACGGUAG